AUGCGGCAGGCGCAGGCGCCAGAGUCGACUAACGUGGCCGAGGCUCACGAGUUUGACUACAGCCGUCAGCGGCAGCUGGUGUAUGACGAGGAUGACGUCAGGGUUUACUCAACCCCUGUCGACCACUACUUCACAGAGGGCCCGGUCGCCUACCGGCUGGAGUGGGGCGGCAUGGCCGUCGUCAUCGGCGGCGACACGGCGCCUGUGAUGACGCUGGCUGAGCUGUCAGAGGCGGCGGACGUGCUGGUCCUAGACGCCAUGGCCACGGCGCUGGAUAAUGAGAAGGGGGUGGCCGGGGCUGAAGACGGCGCGCCGUUGGAGGGAAGCGACGGCGGCGGGGGCGGGAGAGGAGCGGCGGCCGGCGCGGCGCGCGGCACGACGGUGCGCGAGCGGCGCAACAUUGUCACGAGCCACACGACGCCGGCGGAGGCGGGGCGGAUGUUUGCGGCCGCGGCGCCUCGGCUGGCGAUCGCGACACACAACGCCAUCAACGGCUUCAGCCUGCCUCACAUAGUCUCAGAGGUCCGCAAGUCCUACGUCGGGCCGCUGUCGGUUGCGCAGGACCUGGAUUAUUGGGAUGUCUGCCCAGAUCGCAUCGAGGCCGGGCGCCUGCUGGCGGCGGCCGAGUCGUGGGGGCUGAUUUUCGGGGACGGCGCGGCGCUGGCCGGCGGCGGGCGCGGUGGGGCCGGAGGGGCUGCGGCGGACGGGCGCGGCGGCGCGGCCAGAUAG